AUGCCGAUUGAGCCCAUCCAUGGUAAAGGAUUUAUAGUGAUGGAAAAUUCUUUGUUUCUUAUGUGCAAAUUUAGAGGUGUGACAUUGGUUAUCAAGUAUAAUGAUGGAUUUAAUUUUAAGGAUUUAGUAUAUAAAUUGUGUGCAAUGUGGAGUGAGUUAGUUGGUAGUUCUUUGAAUAUAUUGUAUUCAAUGCCUAGACAUUCUUGUUAUGGUCUACAAAGUGAAGAGGAUUUGGAGGUUAUGGUUGAACUCGCACUUUCUUGUGAUAUUCAUCCUAUUGAUGUUUUUGUUAAGUGUUGUUCUUUGGGUGAAGGUUAUAUGAUGUGUGAUGGUGAAGCUGGUAGUAGUAGUAGUAGUAAUGACAAGGAUAGUGUCACUAUUCAUUGUAAAAGAAUGGCUGAUUUGGGAUGUUUAUGGAACAUGCAUGCUAGAGUGAAAAAUUCUAGUAAAACUUUUGUUAUUAAACAAUUUGAUGAUGUUCAUAUGUGUGGAUCUUCUUUUCGUACAAUUAAACAUACUAGGAUGACUUCAAGUAUGAUUGGUGGGCUAAUUUCAAGUGAGGUUCGUAAUAAGGCUUUGACAUCGGUUAGUGAGGUGAUUUGUGAUUGCAAGGACUAUUAUGGAACAGAAGUUUCUUAUUGGCGAGCUUGGAUGGGUGUUGAAAAAACAAGGGAUGUUAUUUUUGGUGACUAUUCAUCUUCAUUUGACGAUCUUCGUUGGUAUGUUGAUGUAGCUAAUGAUUGUAAUCCAGGGAGUGUUUUUGAUAUGAAAUUUGAUAUUAAUAGUAAAGGAAGGCAUUUCAAAUGCAUGUUUUUCGCUUUUGAGGCAUGUAUUCAUGCUUUCAAGUAUUGUUGGCCUGUGUUGAUGCUUGAUGAAAGUUUCUUGAAAGGAAGACACAAAGGUUGCUUAUUGGCUGUUACGGCAAAAGACGUGAUAAAUUUGUUAUGCAUUGAUUCUAUAUGUUGUAUGUUGCUAUUGAAUUGUUGUAGUAAUACAGUGAUAAAGUUAUUUAUGGUUGGUGCUUUAUUUGUUAUUUUGACUCCGGGAAGGGAUAUUAUGUUUGUUACUAAUCAGCAUGGAGGUUUGCUGAAAGCUUUAGCUAAGACAAACUUGCAGACUUAUUUGUCAGUGAAGAGUCGCGAAUCUAAAGAGUAUUUGCUCACUCUUUUUAGUAGAUGUGCAUAUGCUCCUACUAUUGAGUUGUUUAAUGAGCUAUUUGAAGAAUUUAAGGGUUGUUGUGGUCGUAGUGCUCAGAAGUUUCUUGAGGAUUUGCCUAAUGAGUGUUGGUGUGAUUCUUAUUUUCAAGAGAAAAAGUUAGAAGAAACUUUUAAUGAUACAAAGGCAUGGAUAGUUAAGAAAUGUAGUGAUGAUAUUCAUGAAAUCCAAUUGGAUCAUUCAGUUAUGGUUGAUAUUGGGAAACGGUCUUGUUCUUGUCGAUUGUUGAAAAUUGAUUCUUUUCCUUGCAAACAUGGUUUUUGUGCUAUAAAGAGGAGUGAGAAUGAUCUGAAUUGUUUUCUUGAUGAUUACUACCGUGUUUGUAGUUAUUGUGAUUCUUGUCCGCAUUCUAUCUAUCCAAUUCCUAAUAUGUGGAAGCCAAAUGUAGUUCUUGAUGAUGACGUUGUUUUACCUCCUCUUUGUAAGAAACCAGCUGGACGUCCAAGAACAGAGAGAAUACCUUCGAAGGGCGAGAUCAAGAGAAUUAGGUGCAGUAGGUGUGGAAAGAUGGGAACUCAUAAUCGAAAGACAUGUAAAGAAGCUUUGCUUUAG